CAUUCGAAAAUCGCUCACUGUUUUUUCUGAAGAAAUUUCACGUCCAAUCGCACACCGGAUCGAUCGCGUCUUCUCUCAACCCCCUCGCCGUGGUGGCGCCAGACACUUGAGGCGUUGACGAAAGGGAAGCAUGCCGAGCAGCCGGAGGGCCAAUGGCUAUGGGCAGGACAGCAUGGGGAAGGUGGAGGAGGGCCGCAGCAAUGGGCACCGGCGGGUCAAGUCCGGAGGUGGCUUCACGCAAAGGCUUGGCAAGAUGCAGGAGGCGCUGGGCAUGGCCCACUCCACGUCCGGAUCAGGCCCAGGCAGAAGGCGGAACGGAAAGCCUGGCGCAUACGACACCCGCUUCGUGCAGAGUGGAGAAAAAAUCAAUCCACAAAGCACGGAGAGCUUCUCCUCAAGCUUCCUCAUCCGGGGGGUGGUUGUCUUGAACGUCGCAUCAGGAUGUACUUAUAUGGUAUGGCGGUUCCUGGAGACACGCGACGUGCCUCCAGAGUACAUUUGGUGGUGGUGGACGUUCUUCAUGGUGGAGGUGUUUCUGCUCUUCGCCAUCUGGCUGGGACACACGCAACGACUCUUCGCGGUGCAACGCGUUCGGACAACAAUGGACCAGAUCGUGGCGCAAGACCCAGCUGUGGGAGCGAACGCGGUGGUGGCCAUUCUCCUGCCCACAGCGGGAGAGCGGCUCGACGUCGUGCUCAAGUGCCUGUUGGGAGCAUCGAGUCAACGCUCUUGGCCGUCCAGCUCGGAGUCCAAGACGGGGCGAGGGGACGGGCUUCGAGUCAUCGUGUUGGACGAGAAGCGCCGGAAGGAGGUGUACAUGCUCACGUCGGGGGUGCACGCACUGAGCACUCAGAUCCUCGCGCAGUCGACAAGAAAGAUCCUGCAGGCUGAGGGUGUCCGCAACCUUACGCCCCUGGCGUUCUACGAGUGGUGCCACGAGAAGCGCGGCUUCGGCAAAGUGCACAUCUUCAAGGACGUCGGGCUGAGCCGUGCGGUGGCCAUGGUGCGGCAGAUGGAUGACCUCGUGACGGGAGACGACGGAGGAGACCUGUACCGUCUGGACCGGAAUCAGUCCUUCCUGAACCAAGAUCUGGACGAGGACAUCUCCAAGUCGAAGGAGGGGGACGAGGUCGAAGGACUCACGCACGGCGUCAGCCUGCUUGCCGACGAGAGCGUGCACAUCACCCCCGGCUUCUUCCAGGUCUUCCGGGGACACGCCAGGCAGGCGGCGUGCAUGAUCUACUACUCGAGGAAGGACGCCGGUACUCCCAGGAUCAGUCCCAAGGCAGGGAACAUGAACGCAGCCAUGUUCCCCAUGGACGACCCCACCGCUCCACCCUUGAUCGGGCCCAGCACUAUCGUCGUGGUCAACGACGCCAGGCACCAGCUGCAACCGGAGUUCCUGCAAAGAACAACGCCGUACUUCUUCGACUUGGAUGCCACCACCCAACAGUACAAGUGGGCCAAGGUGGCAUUCGUGCAGACGCCUCAACGCUUCAGGAAAGAUCUACCCGACGACCCAUUGGGCAACCACGCUGCUUCACAGUAUGACGUGAUCAACAUCGGGAAGGACGGGAUCGGCGCGGUGUCUUCGAGUGGACAGGGCAGUCUGUGGCGUAUGGAGGCUUUGAGGGGGAGGUCACCCGAUGGCAAGAACGGUGUCGAUGCUAAGGAUUUGGGGCUGGUGGGGAAGCAGCUGGGCUUCCGAGCGGAGAUGCUUAUCGAGGACACGCACACCUCCAUCGAUCUGUUCCGACAGGGGUGGCGCAGCGUGUACGUGAACGAGCCGGGAGAGGUAUUGGCCUGGUGCACGCACCAGCCGACCAACCUCACGUGGCGCAUCAAGCAGGUCCUGCGGUGGCACCAAGGCGCCGUGCAACUACUCUACACCAAGGGUCUCCGUUACACAAGCUUCGGAGGAUCGUUCCCCACCAUCUUCCACCGGAUGUACGCCUUCGACCAAGCCACCUACUACUUGCAGGCCAUCCCCGGAUACAUCCUUCUGCUGAUGCCUGUGGUAUACGGGGUGACGGGACAGCCGCCGUUCAACACGGACAUCACCUCUUACUUCUCCUACUUCGUGCCCUUCAUCGUGACGGCGGUGCUCCCCACCGUCAUCUCCGCACAGUGGAGGUCGAUCGACUCUCACCGCCUUACGCGUGACGAGCAGACUUGGCUCUCGACCACCUACGUGCAGAUCUACGCCUUCCUUCAGGUGUCCUGGACCAGGCUUACCCGUGGCAACCCAGACCACGCCUGGGUGGCUAGAGUGCCGACCUGGCCGCUCACCCUCGUCUUCGCCGCACAGUUCUUUGCCAUCGCCGGAGCCGUCUACUGGACGCUGCACAACGGGUUCGACACGUACUACAAGAACACCCUGUCCAUCUGUGCCGGCGCGUUCUUGGGCAUGUUUUACUUGUGGCCCAUGAUGGCGCUGCAGGUGGGGUUGGGCAGGCCGUCUUUCUGGUUCUUUAAGCUGGGCGCGUACGUAGUGCUUGGCGUCUCCAUGGUGAUCUUGGGAAGCAUCCCCGGCCUCAACCUGCAGAUCGGGUGAUGGCGAAGACGGAUUUCGAAGUUGGGGGGGGGAGCAGUGUCAUUUUGCGGAUCUGAUGAAGGGGAGGAAACUUUGGAUGAUCGAUGUUGGUAGUAGCGAUGGUCGGGAACUACGCCGAUGGUAUGAUACGGGUACUGUAAGCGAUUGUGCGGACGGGCGGGCGGAGGGGGAGGGGGGGAAGUGGGCGGCCUGUGAUUGGUCGAUGGGCAGGAAGGGAGAGGAUUGUGGGUCGGAACCGGGAAGUUGCAAAAAAAGUUGGUUGUCACGAAAUUGCGGAUGGGGCCAGCAACCAGAUGGUGGCAAUGGCGAUGAGAGCGAUGAGAGAGGGGAGGCGAUCGAUCGUCCUCCAUCCAUUCUUGAAACGGCAGACUCUAGCGCUGACGUUGUUUCAUAUCUUGCUGACUUGCGGGGGGGGGGGGGCUGGUGUCUCCGUAUCAGUAUGGCGAGGCUAGAAACCUCGCGCCCACUGGACCGUGUACGGUUACAGCGAGAUAUGUGAGUCUUUCGUUCUCGAAGUGGAAGGCCAAACACAUCGCCGCUGCGCGCGAAUCCUAAGGCCCACAAGGACGAAAAAACAACCACCGCGUACAGGCAGGCAAGGGAGAGGAGGUGCUCCUGCUGCGUUCGUUGUUGAAGUGGCGCGUGUUUUUCGUGCUUCGUUUUAUGUCGAGACUAUUGUUGUCUCGUUCUCUUAAUAUCUUCGCGUGCUUUACCUCCUUACCCUCAUGUGACGGUAGUUACCACCGGGUACCGUUGGCGUACUUGCGCGGCGUGUAUUUCCCCCGGUCGGGGUUUGUUAUCGAGGAAAGCCUACGGCUUGCCACUUGCGUUUUUUUGUGCGGGUGUCAUGGGUGUAGUAAGUUGGUUUUCAUCUUUGUAAUAUGCGUCAUUUGUCUUUGUUCGUUUGUCCUGGUUAGGUGUCAUGAAAAGGUUGCUUCUAUUUUCCACGUGUUCGUCUGUGCGUGCGUCGAAAUAGCUUUCCCGUUCCCUUCACAACUAGCUAUUUGUAGCGAGAACGGUCGCUCUCGAGUUGUGAAUGCUGCUGCUGCACGCCAUCACAAACUGGCGCGGCGGCGGGUGGUUGAGUCCCCGUGUCAUGUUUUUGUCAAAUCCCGGUGCAAGGGCAACCCAGUUUUUCCCGCGUGAUGUGUGUCGCGUUUCACGUGGAAGAUGACCCGUUUAGCUGUCGGCUUGCAUUCGUGGUUUGAGCGUUUGGCGUGCCUUUCGUUCGGAAGGCACAUGUACUUGUAGUUGGUGGUUUCCUGUCGAACACACGCGAUUUCUCAUUGGUUGUUGCGGAAAGGAAGGAAGCGUUUGAGGUUUCGCGCCCCUCGCCCUGGCAAUGGCUGUUUUCGUCGCUAUCGAAAACGCCCACCAACGCAAGCUCGUUGGCAGUGCCGGUCCCUUAGACUAUUUCUAAUUUUAGCUCUAGCAUGUAGCUAAGCAGUUCAGGUCGCUGAAGCAACCGAUCGUGGACUGUAUGGUUCGCACGAAGUCUGGGACAAGAUGGGUGUAUUGUACGACUGUAUGGCGGUGGUGCAGAGCGCCAUGUUUGUUAACGUGGCUCCUCCCUAUUUCGAAGUACCAUCGGUAUUUGACGUGUGGAGGAUGUACCCGUGUUGUGUGAGAACCUCUACUGUACCUAUUUCAGCAGCCAGUGGUGCAUCAAGCAGAGUCGUGUAGGGGGAGGCUAGGUUGUGUAGCCGGUGUACUAUACUGAGAUUUGCUAUGACUGUUUUCGAACGAGAGCGGGCGGCAAGCAAGAUGCAGCAAGCAGCGUUGAGUCUCUUGGUCGUUCUAACUUUUCAUGGCUCAACCAAAGCUUUGUUAUUAGUUUUUAUAUAUUUGUUGUGCUGCACUCAAUGAUCCUUCUACACUACAGACGAUUAGAUGAGGCGUCCUGAUGUCGAAUGAACGUCAAUUGAAAGUGUGCCGUUUUUCUCGUCGCGUUACUUUUAUCUCCAAUCACGUACUGCUGUGUGUCUGUUGAUUUGCGUGUUCUGGAUUGUCUUUCAGGUACCCGCGUUGCGCGUGUCUCUCCCUCCCACUGAGUUCGGAAAAAGAGGCGGAGUCGUUUCUUCCGGGGCUCAAAAACAACGCCCAUCGACGGGCGCCGGUGGCCCUCUUAG